UCCAUUAACACAACAAAGUUAAUGGAUAACGAAGAACAUUUCAAUGGAUCAUUCUCAACUCCAUCUUCUCAAGAUCUGAAUUCCGAGCUUCUCAAUGAUCAUCAUCUCUCAACUCUUCUUUCUCCAAAUCACAGGCUUCACCAUUGCACACCACAAGCCAAUCAACAGGAAGAGUUGAUGGAAACCCUCAUGAAGUUGCCCGCAAUUGGAUUAAAGCUUCAAAUUUCACCCUCUUUGAUGAAACAAAUGCAACGAAGAACACAAUCCAAAAGGAAGAGGAUAAACCUUGAACAAGAUAGUGAAAGGUUGAAGGCCUCGACUUUAGGUGCAUUGAUGCUUCAAAUUGGUUCAUGGCAGGUAGUGGCUAGAAAUGAAGGUGACUUGGUGGCGAAGUUCUAUUUUGCAAAGAGGAUGCUAGUGUGGGAGAUUUUGAGAAAUGGGUUGAAAGAAAAAGUUGAAAUUGAAUGGUCAAAUAUUAUAGGAAUCCAAGCUUUCAUGGAAGAAAACAAACGAGGAAUCUUGGAAGUCGAGCUGCACCAGCCGCCAAAAUUUUACAAAGAGAUCGAACCCGAGCCACGAAAACACACACAAUGGACCGAUGGAUUGGAUUUUACAGAAGGCCAAGCUUAUAUAAACAGGAGGCAUUGCAUUGUGUUUCCUCCAAGAGUGUUGGACAAACACUAUCAGAAACUAAAAGAUAAGGACGAGCGUUUGUUCGAGCUGAGCCGAAGGCCAUUUCCCACAUUCAAUUCUCCCUAUUUCCCUUCGAAAGCUGUUUUCAAUCAAAUAUCUCCUAUUCAAUUUGAAGAAAUAUACGUUGUUAAUUAUGCGUCACAUUUGAACGAAAAUGAAACCCACCAAUAUCGAAGAAAGGAGCUGAUGAACAAAGUAAACACCAUGAGAAGAUAUGGAGUUGAAGCAUCAGCCAGUUACUACAAUGAGGGAAAGGUAGUGAAUAAUGAGUAUGAUCAAUGUUUUUACAAUGCAAAUCCAAAGCCUUCUAUGGUUUGGUUGGCUCAAAAUAGUGAACAUGAGAGCCCUUCAAGUUCGAAGUGGCCACUUUUUUAGUUAUCACACUUGA